UCAGUCUACAUAUCUUUAUACAACAAUUUCAUAUAUUUGUUUUGGUUUUGUGGAGAUGUAUUAUUUCCCAGCUUGACUACGCCAAAAGUAAUAAUACAUAAUAACAAUGAAAAGAAAUUCAGCGCAAAGAUUAUAUUUAUUUUUAGAAAAAGGUUCCAUCACCCAAUGUCUCUCUAUUUAUGCAGAAACGAAAGAAGCUUCCCAUUGCGCUCACUCGUUUAUUUCUGUGCGCUCAAAUAGCCCUGUUUGGCUUGGUAGAAGCGAACAACUCAUUUUAUGAACCUUUCAUUAAACUUGUCUAAGCGUUGAUCUCAUAAUUUUGUUUACAGGACAACAUUGGAUCACUGAUAUAGCACCGUACCAAAAUCACAAUGUUAAUUAUAUUAAAGAUUGUUGGGGCUGGGGAGAGGGGUUGGAUCUUUGAACAACAAUUACGCGCAGCUUAGCUAGAUGUUGUAGAAGCCUACGCCUUUAAAAGGACAGAGGCAGCUCGAAAUAUUUUGGUAUUGAACGGACGUGCCAUUUUAAGUCAGCAGGGCGCGCGCACUCCACAGUAUACGGAUUCGCACAACAUCCAUUCCCGCAGCGGUUCGGGGCAGGGGGGCCCCCGGGGGUUCAAAAUGUCCAGCAAUGCUGCGGCCGCCAUCUCCGCCAUGAUCACCAGCCAGGUGUACCCGCAGCUGUAUUACCCACCGCCCACGCGCACCGUAACCCGGCAACGGAGGGAGGAGCAGGAGUCGGAGGUGCCAGGGAUAUUCGCCAAAGGGACUAACCAGGCGAUCGGGUGUUUCCAGAUUUCACUCGGUCUGGGCAUUCUCGUAACGUUCCUGAUUACAGUUCUAGCCAGCGAACUGACUCUCCCCCUUAUUGUGUUGUCAGUGACCUCUAGUUUUGUGUACAUCACUAACGGGGUCGCGUCUUGUUCGCGAUGGAGAUGGGCAAGAGUGAAGCGUCGUCGUGUGGUGAUCCGAGCCACUGUGAUCACAAACACUGUGGGGGUGCUGGUGGCCCUCGUCAGCAUCAUCAUCUACUGCCUGAGUUUCAGAAUGUGGCGCUUGGAGUCCUGCAACAGCAACUACUACUGCACAUACGACAAAAACCCGACGGCAGCCUUGAUAAUCCUGCUGGCCCUGUCCGUCUUGGAGCUGGGGUUCGCCGUCAUGACGACCGUUUUCGGCUGGAAUCACCUCAAAGACACGGAGGACCCGGACCUUGUGGCCUUCAGUCGAGAAGGAUGGAGGGAUGGAGAGAGGGGGGACGGCAACGGGAAGCCUCUGAAGGCCACCUCUUCCUCCAUCAGUCCUUAGACCCAUUAAAGAUGACAACUGCGACGUCUCUGCCUUCCUCUGGUGGUUUAGGCCCAACCCGAAUUUCCCAGAAUUCCCUCGUUUUUUUAAUCAUUUAUUUCUUAAGCUGGCGGCCAUUUCACUGCCUGCCACUAAAUACACUUGGACUCCUGGGCGACCCUCCAAGUCAGUUCAGGACUGUUAAUCAGAAUAGUGUAAUCUAGCGUGGUGAGGGCAAUAUGUAGGACGACAUCGAGGCUUACAAAACGGUGGCUACACCUUUCACUUCUCAGGCUUUUUUCUCUUCUUUCACUGAAUGGAGAAGAGAAUGGAGGGGGUAGGGGGUGAUGUUUCAUUCACAAAAAAAUCACUGUGUCUCUCAGCCAAUGAUCCUACUCAAUAGGGCAGCAUUGGCCAAUGAGAGGAGUGCAGCUAGAACAGGUGAGGAGAAAAGCUCUGCACCGUUUCCCCCAGUUUUCAUUUUCUGCCCUAUGACACUGCCAUAGCCUGUGGUACUACCAUAGCCUGUGGCACUGUCCUAGCCUGUGGUACUACCAUAGCCUGUGGCA